UCGUCACGUCAACAUUUGUACCAUUUUAUCAAUAGAAGUAGAUGCUGCCCAUUUUGUAUGUUUCCAACCGUUAACAUUGUGAUACCUACUCAAAUUCUCGUUGUAUGCUGCACGAGUCGCAUCCGCAUCGGAGUUUAAAGCGGAGCUUGAAAUGGCGGUGCAAGCAACGCAGUCGCAGCGUCUUUCAGUAGUCGGUGAAGCAGCAAACAUCGACCAAAUUAUAUUGAACAUUAUUGACGUCCGGCGAAUCAAGCAACUGCAUCUUACCGAGACGGAUAUUCGUUCGCUCUGCCUGCGCUGUAGGGAUGUGUUUCUCCAGCAGCCCAUGUUGCUGGAGCUUUCAGCGCCGGUCAAGAUUUGCGGCGACUUACAUGGCCAGUUUACGGAUUUAUUGAGGAUGUUUGACUACGGCGGCUAUCCACCCGCCUCAAACUAUUUGUUCCUAGGCGAUUAUGUGGACCGUGGUAAGCAAUCCAUUGAGACGCUAUGCCUGUUGCUCGCCUACAAGAUCAAGUUCCCACAAAACUUCUUUGUUCUGCGUGGAAAUCACGAAAGUGCUGGCAUCAACCGCAUCUAUGGAUUCUAUGAUGAGUGUAAGCGGCGUUAUACCGUCAAAUUGUGGCGAACCUUUGUGGACUGCUAUAAUUGCAUGCCGGUGGCUGCCAUUGUGGAUACGAAGAUUUUCUGCUGUCAUGGUGGGCUCAGUCCUGAACUGAACAACAUGACCCAAAUAACUAAGCUACCGCGACCUUGCGAGGUUCCCGACAAAGGUCUGCUCUGCGACUUGCUAUGGGCCGAUCCGGAUGCCAAGAUUAUGGGCUGGAGCGAUAAUGAUCGUGGAGUUAGUGUCACAUUCGGUGCAGAUACGGUGGGCAAGUUUGUGCAUCGCUUCAAGUUUGAUUUGAUCUGUCGUGCUCAUCAAGUAGUCGAAGAUGGGUACGAGUUCUUUGCCAAGCGCCAGCUUAUAACAAUCUUCUCGGCCCCCAACUACUGCGGCGAGUUCGAUAACGCAGGUGCUAUGAUGUCCGUCGAUGAGACGCUUAUGUGUUCGUUUUUUGUUCUGAAGCCGUCCAAGAAGUCGGGUCUACGCAAGGUACAGGCCAAGGUUUAACCUAUGUGAUCUGAAGGCAAUAUUGAUGUGAUGUGUUUUUGUGUGAGCUACAAGUCGUAUAAA